UUAGGAUAUUCUGACAACAUAUUCGUCAUAUAUAUACCAUGUUGCCUAUUUAAUUGAAUAUUUAGACAAUUGACACAAUUAACUACAAUAUUAAAGGUGUUUAAUACUAAUUAAAAUUGCGGAUAAUCUAUUAUUACUAAUCAUUUCCUAUUUUGUCAAUAGUACCGAAUCUCAUUAUAGACGUUUAUAAAGUCUAAAUUGUGAUAUGCUAAAGAUUACAAGUGGAGUAUACAGAGAUACUGUGGUUCCAGCCACAAUUGCGAAAUGAUCUAAUGAAAGCGAAAAAUGCAGCACUUUUUCAUAGCAGCCAUAUUAUGUGUAUAUCCCUUUAACAAUUCAGAUCAAUUUGUAUAAAAAGGCAGCACUGGUAUGAUAAAUAAUGUAGAUUUGAAUUGUUAUUUCUGUAUCCAAUAGCUUAUUUAAUAGCAAUACAACUAAUCAAUUAGUCAAAAUGGCCCCAGUUCGUUACACCAGAGCACCAAAUGUCUACAGUAGAGUUCAAUAUGAAAAUGAAGAAGAUGGUUUAUUAACCGUUGCUAAAGAACUUACUGCUCAAUCUACCUAUCCAGAAUAUUUACCAACUUGGAAUAAAAAAGAAAAGUAUGAACCAUUAAAGUUCUACGAACAUCAUGAUGUUGGUUUAAAAGCUGAUCCAAGCUUCCCAAACUUAUUACCAAAGGGAACUGCUACCACCAAGAACAUUACUCCAAAAUUAGGUGUUGAAGUUAAAGGUAUUCAAAUUUCCGAAUUAAAUGAUUCUGGAAAAGAUGAAUUAGCCUUAUUAGUUGCUCAAAAAGGUUUAGUUGUUUUCAGAGAUCAAGAUAUUGCUUCCAAAGGUCCUGAAUUUUCUGUUGAAUUUGGUAGAUACUUUGGUCCAUUACAUAUUCACCCAACUUCUGGUGCUCCAAGAACCGCAGCAGAAUUACAUGUUGUGUACAGACGUCCAGAUGCCAAAAAUCUUUUUGAAAACAGAACCAACUUAAUUCAAUGGCACUCAGAUGUUUCUUAUGAAUUACAACCACCAGGUACCACCUUUUUCACUGUUGUUGAAGGACCAGAAUCCGGUGGUGAUACUCUUUUUGCUGAUGCUGCUGAAGCUUACAACCGUUUAUCACCAGCUUUCCAAAAGAGAUUAGAAGGUUUACAUGCUCUUCACUCUGGUGUUGAACAAGCUAACUUCUCCAAGAGAGGAGGUGGUGUUGUUAAGAGAGAACCAGUCCAAAACAUCCAUCCUCUUAUUAGAACUCACCCAGUUACUGGUCAAAAAUCUAUUUAUGUUAACUCUGGUUUCACUAGAAAGAUUGUUGAAUUAAAAGAAGAAGAAUCAGAAUACUUAUUAAACUUCUUAUAUGAUCACAUUAACAAUUCUCAUGAUUUACAAGCUAGAGCUAACUGGUUACCAGGUACCGUUGCUGUUUGGGAUAACAGAAGAGUUAACCAUUCUGCUGUUUUAGAUUGGGAUACUAGUGCUACUCGUUUAGCUUACAGAAUCACUCCAACUGCUGAAAGACCAGUUUAUGACUUAAAGGAUUUAAACACUCCAGAUGUAAGCAAGCCUUAUGUUGGUGCUGAUUACACUCCAAGUGAUUAAACUUUCUUUACUGUGUAGAGAUUUGAUUCUUCCUCUUUUUACUAUUUAUCU